UCUAUAGAGAUCGAGAGACCGAAACAAGAUGGCUUUCCAAAUUGCUGUUGCUCAAAACGUGGCAGAUAUCGUUACAGCGGACUUCUUCAACGGGAUUAUUAACCAAGCUGCCGCUGAUUGUGCCGGCAAGAGCUUCUACACCAGAGAGGCUUUUCUCGAUGCCGUAGGCUCUUACCCCAAUUUCGGUACCUCCGGUUCCGCUGAUGAGAAUAAACGGGAAAUUGCAGCUUUCUUUGCUCAUGUCACUCAUGAGACUGGCCAUUUUUGCUACAUUGAAGAGAUAAAUAAGGACACCUACUGCGACGCGAGCAGCACAGACUACCCAUGCAACCCCAGCAAGCAGUACUACGGGCGUGGACCACUCCAGCUCUCCUGGAACUACAAUUACGGAGCUGCCGGAAAUGCCAUUGGCUUUGACGGCUUGAACUCCCCCGAAACGGUGGCUCAAGACCCCGUGAUAGCAUUCAAGACAGGCUUGUGGUAUUGGAUGACCAAUGUUCACUCCGUUAUAGGCCAAGGAUUCGGAGCCACAACUCGAGCCAUCAACGGUGCAGUGGAAUGUGAUGGCAAAUCCCCCGCCACAGUUCAAGCUCGCAUCGACUAUUACACUAAGUACUGCACCCAAUUUAAUGUUGCUCCCGGUGACAAUCUCUCUUGCUAGACAUAUUUAUAUUUUUACAUGUUUACUGAUUGGAAUAAAUUAAUAAAAGUGCAGCUUGCC